AUGAAGGCGAUUCACAUUCCCGAGUUUGCGAAGGAUAUCUCAGCUCUCAAGCCCAGCGAAGUUCCCAAUCCCCAGCCAUCAAAGGACCAAUACUUGGUCCAGGUAACGCAGGUCAGUCCACAGCAUGCCGACAUUCUCCAUGCACAGGGCAAGCAUCAGAACAACACGAAGCGCGGGUGGUGCCAUCCACCCUUCAUACUCGGCUUUGACUUUUCUGGCAUUGUGCAAUCGCUUCCAACUAAUGGAAGUCCCAGCGGGUUGAGAAAAGGAGACCGCGUGUUUGGUGCCGCAAUCGGAGCCUUUGCGGAGUUCAUAUGCGUUUCAGAAGGGUCAAUACGUAGAGUUCCCGACAAGCUUGGCAUGGAGGCUGCGGUUGCUAUGUCUGGGCAAGCCGUCAGCUAUGCCUCCGUUGUCCAUAUCGCCAAGGUCAGAGCGGGUGAGCAUGUGCUCGUUUCCGGGGCCAGCGGAGGUCUUGGCUCGGUUUGCUGCAUGGUAGCCAAAGCAGUAGGAGCCAGAGUGAUUGCAUUGGCCGGCGAUGAAGAGAAAGCGGAGCAUAUGAGAAGGGCCAUGGAUGUAGACCUCGUUCUGGUCAUGAAAGACAACUGGGUCGACAGAAUCAUGGACUUCACGAAUGGGAACGGAGUGGAAGUCACGCUAGACAAUACAGGGAUGGUAUGACAGCCAGACAAGAGGUGAAACGCACUGCGAGCGCAUGCUGACCUUGCUUGCCGUCUAUUCUAGGUCAAUGAUGCCAUCAGGGCGCUGGCAUACUUUGGCAGAAUUGUGAUUCUUGGAUUCGCAGCACGAAAGGGAGUAAUGGAAGAAGUCAAGAUGAACAAACUUCUUCUCAAAUCCGUCACCGUCACCGGCUAUCGCUUUGGCGAGAGCGGAAGAAGAUACCCGGCCUUACUCGAGGAAAUCUGGCGAGGUUAUCUCUCGAUGCUUGAAACUGGACGUUUGAAACCGAUGCUAUACGGAAGAUACGACGGUUUGGAAGAUGUCGGAAGAGCUCUGAAGGACCUUCACGAUCGGAAAGUCUAUGGCAAAAUCGUCAUCAGAGUUGCUGACCCUCAGUAUCAAAGCCACCUGUAG